AUGCGCGCCUCCCCCCAACUCGUUCUGUUCCUUUCGGCCAUUGCUGCAGUCGAAGCAGCGAGGGGUUCCAAGUGCCGCCACGGGCGACCCAAGAACGGCAAUUUCGUUCCUGACGUUUCUGCGGACCCGUACCUAGCAACAUCAGAGACUGCCUCCAACAUUAUUUCCGGUGUUUCGACCCCGUCAGUAGAGUUGGUCAAAACUGAGCAAGCGCAAAACGUCGUUUCAACCGUUCCUAUUGUCCCGACCGAGGCAGCCCAAGUGACCGAGCCCGCCAUUGACGCUGGAGAUGUCAAGGCUCAGGAGCCAGAAACCUCAUCUCAAAAGACUGCUUCAUUGUCGAUACCACAACGACAAGACAGCACUACAGCUGCUGUCAAGGAGCCUACCAAGAAAUUCUGCGGCAAACCCAACGAGUCCGAGGUCCUCUUUGGAACGCCAUGGAUUGUCUUCUCGAUGAAUUACAACUACCAGUCUAUUAAAGGUUCUUCCUGUGUCGGCUACUACGACUAUACAGGCUCUGGUGACGACCAGACCAUCCACUGGAGCGUUCUCUGGGACAUUGAUCCUAAGGUUGGCACGAACCUCGUCAAGGGUUAUAACUUUAUAGGUCUUACCCAAGGUCUGGAAACAAGACUCAGCGACAUAAAGAGUAUCCCUUCCAAGUAUGAGUGGACCACUAGUAAGAGUACUGAGUAUAAAGGAAAUGUUGUGUAUGACUUUAUGACUUGCGAUACAAAGGGAGACUCAACCUCAAACCGUGCACAGGAGCUCAUGCUCUGGCUAAAUUGGCAGGGAGGCCAAGUUCCUAUCGGCUGGGGUGAGGGACCUAUUGCCACUAUCGAUGGGCUCUUUGGCAAAGACGGCUGGAAGCUCUACCAGGGUGUCAACGCCGAUACUGGCAUCACUGUGACCUCGCUCCUGUGCCCCGAGGACAGUCAGUUUGGCAACCAAGAGGGCGGUAGUUUUGAGGGUGAUAUCAAGGACUGGCUUGUAGCGCUCUCCAAGAAAGGCGUGUUCAAGUCAGACACGUAUGUAAAUGUUGGAAACGCUGGCAUGGAACCUUACUAUGGCACUGUUGACUUUGACAACCAUUUGAGCCUCAGGAUCAACGUCUAG